CUCUUCUUCCUAAUAAUCUCCUGCUUCCAGGAUGGUCUGCCCGCACCACCUCCUAGGAAGCACAGAAGCUUCAGGAAGCAUCCGCCGAAGGGCAGGAGCAGGAGUUGGAAGAAAAACGGAGCUUUGGAAGCUUGCAGAGACUGUCUGGAGGAGCUGGAAGAGGUUCGGGGCCUGGUUUCACUCCUGCAAAGCCACCUGGAGAGAUUCCCUGACAAGGGCGGCUUUCAACAUCUCUACGGCCAAGAGCCCCCUGACAAGGUGUGCAAAGCAGAGCCUGCUGGAGCCCAGCAGCCGUGCAGGGAAGAGGCCGUUUCCGCCAUGUUCCCGGCUCCUCUCACCAAGCACCUUCCACCUCUGGCCUCCACCCUUUCGCCAGACUCAGUGAUCGCGCCAGUUUCCAUUCAUUUGGACUUACCCUCAAGUGCUUGUCCGUCACCGGAGCCUUUCCUUUCCCUGGACAGCCUUUCAUCCCGGCCGCUUGCUCCUUCCCCUUCGCCCCCAUCUCCUCCUGAUGCCAGGGCCUGCUCGCCCCCUCUGACAGCCCCCUCUGCCCCACUGCAGCCAGACUCCACUCCAAGACCUCAGCGUGACCCGCUGGCACUCCCACGGGGCACCAUCCCAUGCAGCUCAUCUCCACGCAUCACGUGGGCACCACCCAUCUCAGGCCUCGACGGCUCCAGCUGUCCCAUUCCAGAGCUGCCUUGGUGGCAGGUGGCUUCCAAAGCCUGGAGGCUCUCCACCUUGACACGUUUUGAGUCCCAGCAAGGGCACCUGUCUCGUCAUCCACCAGAGGCCCCGUUCUGGGAAGACCCCGCAAGCAGACAGGUAAAGGCUAGUGGCCUUCCCUUUGUCACCCCAGAUGUCCAGAAGCUGCUGGAGAUACUAAUCACCAAGAGGGCAGGACUGAAGAUUUGGAAGGAGAAAGAAAAGGAGGAGGGACCAGGCUACCACCUGGAUUCUUUGGCGAAUACGUUCAAGUCCCUGGACCCCAGGCAUCGCCAACACUUCUGGAGCAUAAAAGGCCAACCAGCAGAGCUGCUUGGUCCUGAGAAGGCCACAUAUCUCAACACUCGGGGGGUCCAGCUACAGCGGACAUGCAGCCAGCUCUUCUGGGGUCUCCCCUUUCUGCACAGUGAGUCUCUGGUGGCUCCUGUCACAGUUGCUGAUUCCUCUCCAAAGUUACCCUCUGUCUUAUUCAAUGAACCACUCCAAAAUCAAGCUAAAAUCACUUCACAUCUCUCGCUGGCUCAGCCUUUGCCCUACCCUCUGGCCCAGGCCCAACCCCAACCCUUGACUCCAACCAGACCCCAAUGUCAGCCCCCACCUCUGGCUCAGGUGGAGGCCCAGACCCGACCCCAACCCUUGACCCCAACCACGCCCCAAUUCCACCCCCCAUCUCUGGCUCAGUUUGAGAUGGCCCACUGCACACACUCUUUUCCAAUCCUACCACCUUCUUCUCAGCCCCAGGCUAGGUACUGUGAUGUAUCUUGCCCUACAGUCCAAAAUAAGGCACAAUUGUUCAUGUCAACUGCAGUGCAAAAUCUGGAAAGUCACUGUUUGAAAAAACAAUUAGAAAGGGAGAAGACGCUACCCUCUGUGGUUAAAAAAUCCCAGCAAGUCUUUAGCCAAGCCCCUCCCCACCUCCCCCAGGGCAGCAGGGCCUCCUGGGCCCACAGCUCCGUCUCAGUCCCUCCCGGGGACUUCAUCAGCCCUGGGGUUCGGGAGAAAUUGGAGCAACACCUUCAGCAAAGGUUCAUGCCACAACAGAGCAGACUGCCCUUCAGAAGCCAAGUGUCUCAGAAACUGAUGGAGCCUCAGGGCACAUUCCCGGGGCCUUGCCAGGCACAGGGCAUGAUGGGGCCCUCAAAGCCCUCUGCGUUUAUAGGCCAGGGGAGCUGGGAUGCACAGAAGAUGGGGUCCAGGUGCCCCACAAGGAUCCUGCCAGGGAAGGGCUUGCACAAUGCUGUAGGCCAUAGUGUGGGAAGGAUCCUAAGAGACAUAUAUGUGACCUCAGCCAGCCACUCACCGAAGGUUCCAAGCAUGAAGGCUGAGUUAAAAAGUGACUUGGGCAUAAAGACUGAGUCAAACAGAGACUUGAGCCUAGGCAGGAAGCAUCCAGAAGACGUCUUGGGAGUCCUUUUGGGCAGGACGGUGGAGCACACCCACGAGGGUCACAUCCAUAUGAGUGUACAUUGUUCAAGGCCUGCCGCCAACCCUGUCUUAGACCUUCCUGAAGAGUCAAAUUCUCAUAAGGGAGCAGGAAGUCCAGAACCCCCCCAGGAUUGGGAACCCUGCAUGAACACCUCCCAUGAGUCUCUGGUCCUUAGUCCGUGCAUUCAGCAGGUGCUGGAAGCACAUAUUAUCAGGUUUCGGGUGAAGCACAGUUGGAGUUUACUCCGCAAGGCCCUCAAGUUCCUAACUCUCUUUAAGUUGAAAAAAGCUCACCCCAUGGCCGUCCCCAGCUCCAUCGUGGAAGUCACCUGUGAAUCUGGGGGCCACGCAAAACCCCAGCUAACCGAGGUCCUGGAAAAGCCGCCUCAGCCCCAACCGGAAGAGAGCGUCAGAACCGCAGAGUCAGCUUCCAUGCUGCUGAGCCCCCUCCUUGCCCCCUCAUGUCCCUGUGAGAAACUCCCGGGGGGCCUGGGAGGGAGCCCGCCUGGCGAUGUCCGUGAGUCCGCUGAGGCCUCUCUGAUUGGACAGGGGGACAAGUUACCUUCUCAGGCUGUCACAUACAAGUUUAUAGGCAGAAUCUGGCACAAUGAGUCUGUCAUGGGGGCUGAGAAAGGCAGCCUGCAACAGCCCAGUCCGAGUCCGCCAGUGGCCAGGGAUGAGCCAAGGGGAGAGACUGGGGGACGGGCCUCACCGGACUCCUGCGGUAGCGUAACAGUAGUGGACCUUGACAAGUGGCCCCAGUCUUCCAAGGCCCAAGACACGGACCCUGCUUGGAAAAGUAUUUUGGACCCUGGUAUGAUGAUUAGAUCCCAAAGCACGAAUGUGGAUCAGAAGGAGUCCUGGUCUCCAAGGCCCAAAAAAAGCCUCUCAUUAAGUACACAGUCCGUGGUCCUAACUCCAGAAGAUGUAUACUUGGACGCACAGCUUCGGAAGCUUGAGGGCCAAAGAUUCGCAAAACCAGAGCAACAGCACAUGGGGGUGCUCCUUCUGGACUGUGAAACUGGGGUGCUCCUUCAAGAUUGUGCCACCAGCACCCUUCUUCAAGACUGUCACUCAGAUAUGUCCCUUGCCGCAGACAUCUUGGCUGCUGAGGAAUCUCUGUCUCAUUCCCAGACCUUGUCCAGUGGGGACAUGUCAGUUUCCCAGGCGCUCUAUGACCUGAGCUCCAGUGGAGGGAGCAGUUGGGGACCGCAGGAGCCCUGGGGACAGCAGGCCCCAUCAAAGAGCCAGAGGAAGAAGUCUGGCCCCACUGAUGAGCAAGAGGAUUAUAGGAGGCCCCGGCCAGCACAGCAUGAAAAAGGGCCGGCAGAGCGCAAGGCCCACCAGGCCCGGGGGCUGAGCCGCCCCAGCCGGAAAGAGGAAUCAGCAGACUCCCAAAGAAGCGAGGCCCGCCAGCUGAGGAAGGGACAGGCUCCGUCGGAAAGCUCCUUCAGGAAAUAUAUGAAGCUCCUUCUACAGUGGGUUUUCCCCAGUAAAGACAGAGGACCCAAAGACCCCCUGCAAAAAGGCAAGCCCGCUUCAGCCACUGCCCGGAGCCCAGACCCUGCCCAAAGCCGGUCGUUUACAGACAGCACGGUCCCCGAGGCGGAGGCUCUCGUGACGGCUGUGGGGCAGAUCCUCGAGGAGAAACUGGCCCUUCACCCUGCACAUGGACCUUAUGCCUCAGAGUUAAAUUGGCACGAAGGAGACCCCCAGGCCUUGUUGGGUCAGCAUUACUGCUACCACAGGGUUGUCUCCUACCAAGAGCACAGGAGAGUGAUGAGUGGGAAACCCUGCGAUCCCCGAGCUCCCCCCAAGGGCCACAGCUGUCACGGCAGGAAUAGGUGGGCCAGUCGCAGCCACAGAGACUGCAAGUGGGCCUUCCCGCCCGGGGAGCCCGGGCCCCCAGGCGGCCACUGCCAGCACGGGCUGGGAACGGCAGGCCUGCCCGGCCACCCCGCCCACUGUCCGAGGCACUGUCUCCUUCGGAACCGCGCCUCUCCUGCGCCGUCGGGGUACGCUCCCUACGUCCUUCCUGGGAGGGCGACUCUUCCCCAGGGAACAACGUACACCGUGCAGAGAAACUUUUUUUUCUCAGGUUAGCACAUCCCCUUUGUGCUAAUGGCUUCUUCCUACCACAAUUUUUAUUGUUUCCCCCAAACAUAUGUGUUUUUCCCAUGAGAGGUGUGGCGUGCGUCUGUGUCCUGCUGGGGAGAAAUGUCCAGGCACUUGGCUUCCAGAAGGGACGACAGGGCCAUGGAGGGAGGCUGACCCCAGCGUGGAAUUCUCACCCUCGCCCCAAUUCCCUCAUUGCUCCUUAAAGUCCCACAACUAGCAGCAUUACAGAAACAAAUGGAAGCAUUCAGGGCCUGUCAAGGAGAACAAAGCCUAAAGACCUCCCCUCUCACAGGAUCUGGCUCAGCCUUACUCCCCCACACGCUCUCUACCUUGAACUUGUGCAGCUGGGGGGGAGGGGUUUGCAGAGGCUGAAAUUCCCCUCAGUCUCCAGAAAGUGUCAGAGACAAGUUCACAUGGCAGAUUAAGGAAGGGAGUAGGGGGCAGCGCUGGCCCCACGUCCAGAGCUGGGAGAAAUCUUGCCCUCCACACCCGCCAUGUCUUGGUGGGAAGAGGUGACACCUGCCCUGAGCCCUCCCCACCCUGAAGCUGGGUUGAGAUGGGCUGGGAGCAUCCCCUCCCUCUGCGUUUCUCGGGACCUGGAGCAGCGGCGAGCACGAGGAGCGCGGCUCCCCCAGCUCUGGGUGUGUGGGGCGGGAGCCCCAAGACAUUGAGGGCCUGUCCAGCCUGCCCCAGAGGAGGGAGCAGCCCUGCCCACAGCGCCCACCUCCC